AAUCUUUUCAGCGAGUUUCCUGUUUGUGAUCUUGCCUUACAUUUUUUAUUAGAAGUUCGUGAUGUGCCUGCAAUUCAUGUGAACGUUGUCGCUCCACAAAUGGUCGAAAAAAUACGGGUACUCAAGCAUGUGAUUGUGUUACGAGAGAAACUUUCAUAUAUGUGGGAUUUUGUCAAAGGAUGCCCUGAUGCCGAGAAUACAGAGACGAAAAUCGGACACCUUCGAACGCUGUUCACUUCUCUGGAACAGCACCUACUUCACACACAGGACCUAUUCUCUCUGUCGGAUCUUAUACGGGUGCAUAAUAAGGACAUGAGUUCACUUCUCGAACCAAUAGCCCAUUUUGCCAGAUGUCAUAUAGAAGUCUGUGAGCACUGUCGCCAGUUCGCUGCCACCUGCGUCUACUGUGAAGACGACAAGGAGUUACUUUUUCCGUUCCAAAUGGAAAAAGUUCAUAAAUGUGCCUCUUGUGCAUCUCUCUCACAUAUCAAGUGCCAGGCAAAGUUUAGACGAAAAGUCGCAUGUCAA